AUGGACCCGAAAACCAGCGGACUCCUUCAAAGGUUGACUGAGGCCGGUCAGGCUCACCUCCUGGGCUUCUGGGACAAGCUGAGUCCUGAUGAACGCGCGUCUUUAAACCAGGAGCUACAACUGAUAGACUUCCAGGAAAUCAAUGGCUUCUUCAAGCGGGCCAUGAAGUCAUUCAGCUGCACUAAGAAUGAAAAAAUGGACGCCCGCAUGGAGCCGGUACCCCAGGACGUACUGGGCAGUGUGACGAGGGAUAAGGGAAGUCUCAAACGUUGGGAGCAAAAAGGUCUGGAAUGUAUCUCCCAGAGUAAAGUGGCGGUGCUGCUUCUGGCUGGCGGUCAGGGAACCAGACUGGGGGUCUCCUACCCCAAAGGCAUGUACGACGUGGGGCUACCAUCCCAUAAGACCCUCUUUCAAAUCCAGGCCGAGCGCAUUUUGAAGCUUCAGCAUCUGGUCGAGGAGAAAAACAAAAGCAAGUGCAUCAUUCCUUGGUACAUAAUGACCAGCGGCAGGACAAUGGAAUCCACCAAGGACUUCUUCUCACGGUUUAACUACUUCGGCUUGGAUAAGAAGAAUAUAAUCUUCUUCCAGCAGGGCAUGCUUCCAGCCAUGGACUAUGAUGGCAAGAUCGUCCUUGAGAGUAAAUGCAAGCUGUCCAUGGCUCCUGAUGGAAAUGGGGGUCUAUACAGAGCCUUGGGUAACCAGGGCAUCCUGGACGACAUGCAACGGAGGGGGAUUGAGUUCAUACAUGUCUACUGUGUGGAUAACAUCCUUGUCAAAGUAGCUGACCCAGCAUUUGUCGGUUUCUGUGUGGAGAAGGAUGCAGACUGUGGGGCUAAGGUGGUGGAGAAAAGCAACCCCACAGAGGCCGUCGGCGUGGUGUGCAAGGUAGACGGUCUAUACCAGGUAGUGGAGUACAGUGAGAUCACCCUGGCGACGGCUGAGAAGCGCAGCCCUGACGGCCGCCUCAUGUUCAAUGCAGGCAACGUGGCCAAUCACUUCUUUAGCUUCUCAUUCCUCAAAGAUAUAGUGGAGAAGUACGAACCAAAGCUUGAGCACCAUGUAGCUCGGAAGAAGAUCCCAUAUGUGGAUGCCCAGGGUCAACUCAUCUCUCCGGACAAACCCAAUGGGAUUAAGAUGGAAAAAUUUGUUUUUGACAUUUUCCAGUUUGCCAAGACGUUUGUAGUGUACGAGGUGCUGAGGGAGGAUGAGUUCUCUCCUCUAAAGAACGCUGACCGCCAAGAUGGGAAGGACACCCCCACCACCGCGAGACACGCCCUCAUGUCCCUCCAUCACCGCUGGGUGCUGAACGCCGGCGGUCACUUCAUCGAUGAGAGUGGCGCGCGUGUGCCCGCCAUACCCAGAGCUGGAGAAGAAGGCCGUGUCACAGAUGAUGGCAACAGAAAUCUAAAGGACGGAACGGACCUGCCGAUCAAAUGUGAGAUUUCCCCGUUGGUGUCCUACGGAGGAGAGGGUCUGGAAGCACUGGUGAAGGAUCGAGACUUCCACCCGACUCUAAUCAUCGACGAGAGCGGCGUUCACGAGCUGGUCAAGAACGGCGUUUAG